CGCAAAACAAAACAAACUCUCAACUUCUUUGCGCACCAGCACUUGAAUUCACCAACGAACUCUUCACGAACUCAACUGCUAAUUCGCAAACACUUUCAUCACAAUCUUCAGCUUCUUCGAGUUUUAUUUUCCCACUUUUCGCAUCCUCUUCGCAUCGUUACCCCGUAUCGCGGGAGGUUUGUUUACUUUAAACCUUCUCUUCCGCGCUGCAUCUUCGCGAUGGCGGCUGCGGACGUCCCCAAAUGGGGCUUUGGGCAAGAGCCCAUGCAAAUCAAACCUGUUGCGGCCGACUUCAUCCCGCAUUUCACGACAACUGGCGACACUCGUGUCGACGCAGGCAAGACAUUCCUAAACUUUGGAAACUUUGCGUUCAAGCAGUCUCUUACCCGGCCGCCUGCGUGGGAACGUGUCCCUACACAUUCGCUUGCUGCUCCCAGCUCGAACCGACAGAUCAUGCGCCGAGUUACAGUCUCCAACGAACGACAGCCUGCUGCACCCUUCAUCAUGUUCCCAAACGUCUCCGCUAUUCCUGUUCCUACUCGUGAGGAAACCGGGUUCGACCUUACUCUUCCUCGCAAAGUACAACGCCGACAAUCCUACCAACCUGCCUCUAGGGAAGCAGUGUUCGAAGAUAUGUUGAUGUUCUCACAUGCACAACACAUGCACAAUCUCAUGACAGCCAAGGUCGGUGUCGUGAACAACCUUAUCGAGACUCACUCUGGCCAUACACGCGAAGACAUAGAAGCUGUCAACCGAGGAAUCGCACAAAUCGUUCCGCUCAAGCGAGUUGCUAGACUCAUCAGUACCGAUCUUGUCGAUACAGACAGCUCUCCUGUUUCCCUGGUGCCCGCCAGAGGUAACCGAUUGAAGCUGUACAACGAUAUGCUUCUUAAGAUCCAGGCUGCCAACCGAUCAGGAAAGGAGUCGGUCGAUCUCGGCACUGCGUCUAUCGCAGAUGUCUCUACCGCACUGCGAAACAGUCGCCGGGAUCCUCGAAAGCGCCUCGCUGCUAUUGGCGAGCCCGACCUCUCCGUCAUCAUGGAUGAGGAUGAGCCAGAGAGUCCCACCGUUGUUCAUGAGCCUGUUCUCUUUCCCGAGUCCCGUUCUCCCUCGAAGCGACUUGCUCGUCUCCUCACCAGCAAGGCCAUCAAGAAGGGCGUUCUGCGACUUUCUGGCGGGUUUACCAAACUCCUCCCAGGCUCUCCCAGCAAGACUCCUGGCUCUCCUUCCAAGUCUUCUCCUUCCAAGUCGAAGCGUGCUUCCUCACCUCUCGCCCAGCGUUCUAGCCCCAUCUAUGGAUCUGCUGCUGUCAAGGACAACAUGUCCACUGAGUCCGUCGCUGACUCUCCCACCCGUCCUGGUCGAACUUUCCGAGUGCCGUCUGAGUGCGACUCAUCUUCUUUCGAAGAUACUGGUCUCCCGGAGACCCCUAACAAGGCGUCUUCGCCUGUCAUGAACUACUCGCGACCCAUCGCUCCCACUCCUUCUCAGUGGAACCGACCUGAGCCCUCAACUCCCGCCACUCCUGCUGCCCAGAGUGCUCCCUUCAACCCCGUCACCCCUCAGCAAACCGACAGCCCCAUCGGUCUCGCUGCCCUUCUUCCUGCCAUCCUUCCUCCCUCCACCCCUCAGCCGCAAGGCUGCACACUUGAAGUCCCUAGUGUGUCUUUCGAGUUCGGGAAGUUAUCCCCUUUCCGUAGCUCUAACUCUUGGAUGUUUCCUUCUCCUCUGGCCACUGAGCCCAAUCGUAUCAAGACCGGUAACCAGGCGCGCCGUCGUCGGAGCGAACCUCUGCUCCGCAAGUUUCUUGACACCCAAGCUCGUCGUCUCUCGGCUUCUCCGCAAAAGGUCCAAUUCCAACAGGAGGCAAUCUUCAAUGAUGAUAUUUCUAUCGCCUCGCUAUUCGACAUCACUAAUGAGUCCCCUGCGAAGGUCGCUGCCAUCGAUGCAGCUGACGAGACUUCUGGCCUCGAUUCUACUACCUCUCUACCCAACGAGCCUGCAGCUGAUAGCGCGGCAGAGCACACUCUUCCUCUUGAAACUACCAUGGAGGAGAGCGUUGCUAACGAGGUAUUUCCCAUUGAGGCAGCCAAACCUACUGAAGGCGGGUCUGGCUUGGGCUAUGCCAGUGUUCUCACUGAGAACCUCUGGUUGCGGGAUCUCAACUCUUCACCUGCACCCGCCCAUUCCGACCGACGUGACGAGCAGCCCAGUACCAUGCAGCCACCCACUACCGUUGCCGAGUCACUUGUCACCCAAACUCUCGCUUCUGAAGAAGGUGUUGUAAAUAUUGAUGUCCGGGAGAACCCUGAUAUUUUCGGGACUCAAAUCUCAUCACCUCCUGCCCCUGCCCCUAUCCAGAAUCUUUCUCACAUGGCCGACGACGCCUGCAAUGGCCACGCUAAGGUCGUGAUCACUGAGGAAAACGGUAGACUCUUUGUCCGAUUUAAGCUGUCGGCCAGAUAUGCCCACAUGUUCCCUGCAAGCCAAGGGUUCAACGAUUCUCUCUCGUUCUCUCCGUCCGUCGACAUUUCUACACCAAGACCCCGACCUGUCGACUCCACCGUGCAGACUCCUGAUCUCAAUAGCUUCGGUGACUUUGCCAGCCCAUCUCCCAGCGUAAUCCAGACCCCCGAACCUCAAUCUACCGAGUCGCUCCUCAAGACACCUGAUAUCAGCGGUGUCGGUGUUAUCGACCGCUCCUCCCCCGGUGAAUUUGAUACACCUGAACUUCCUCAGAAUGAUAACACUCUUGUCUUUGGCGAGCCUGCAACAAUCGACCGACCUUCUAUCCGAUGCGCUCCUCGCCGUCAGAGUGAGAUGACCCCCUUAAAGCGUGCUGCAAGAAACGCAAUGGGUAUCUCCAAGGGGCCUGCCACACCCCGGUUUUCGACACCGGCCGCAGAUGAUGGAGACUGCACAUUGACCAUACCUUGGGAUGUUGAAACACCUGCUCGGCAGGUUGACGCUCCAGCAGCUCCUCCUAUUCAGGAGGUAGAAGCCGCUGCUGCUGUCAAUAAUGGUAGCCAGGACUUGGACAGCCCAAAUCGGGAUUACUUGCGUGCUUUCAUCAACCAAAAUCGCCGAACUACCGCUUCCGCUACCGUGACUGCUACCGCUACCACCAACGAAUCCUCGACUACCCCUGCCACAAACACCACCACCACCCUCACACCCGCCGCAGAAAUCACUCCUGCCGCCACCACGACUGAGGCUGGGUCCCCAAUCGCACCAGUUACAAAGCGCCAGCCUCUCGGGGCUCGAAGCCCUAAUAGGGGUAGUCCCAUGAAGCCUAAGCGUAAGGCCGAUGGCGACAGGGAGGAAACAUCUCCCGCUAAAAAGACGAAGGUCGACGCGGCGGUGGAGGCAGCAGGGUCGAUCCGGAAGGUCACUCGAAAGACCAAGGCUAAGCGCCAGAAGGCAGACACAACUACCACUACCUCCGACACUCCCAACCGCAAGCAGGUUGACGAGCUUGCCACCAACGCAUCAGUCACCCGCCGAUCAUCUCGGCUCCGAAGCCAAGAGCACCCAAGCAGCACCCCCAAGUCGUCGCUGCCUACUCCCAUCAAGCUCGGCCGAGCCGGUGCUGGCCGCAGCCUCCCAAAGAAGGCUCGCAGCGAGGAGGACGAGUUGGCUCGCAAGACGAGGGCCAACACCAAGCGUAACAUGGGUAACGCCGAGUUCCCUGCCGAGGUCCUCGUUAGAAUUGCGGACGAGGCAGAGAAGAACUCAGACCAUGGCCAGGAGUCGGAGAGGCCAGCCAGUGGUCGACGUGUGGGGUGGAACCAGCCCCUGGAGAAGGUGCAGGGAGAGGAGCCCAAGAAGGGGCGGGCCAAGGGCAAGGCCACACAAGGACAGACGGGCAUCUCGAAGCCCAAGGCGAAGCGAGCCACCAAGGUGGCAGCGGAUCUGGGCAUGGUGGCCAACGGCACACCCGCCAAACCCCAGCGCGUGACGCGUUCCAGCACACGCUCUGUGGUUUGAGCACCCAGAAGUCUCCCAACGGAUAUGGAGACAGCUGCCUUGGUGGUUGGCGGCUUUGCUUUUGUUUUCACGAUUUUUUGCUUUCGACAUGUCAACGCUGGCACCAGUUGGUGCACAAGAACAAGGACAACGACGACUUGAUUUUGGCGGCGUUCGGGAGGGAGGGCUCCCGACGCCUUUGGGCGAGUUUUCACGAGUGCAUGAAGCAUUGCGAGGCGUUGGUGGUUGCGCAAAGAUACCACAUUUUAGAAGUUUUUGGGACCUGUUUUCGGUGGACGACGCAAGUCUGUAUACGGGUUUCAAGUCCUCGGGAUGAGGCUGGAAAACAUAGAUGCCCGGGAUGGGCCAUUGCACGAGAAUAAGACUUGAUUCACUCAUGGUAUUGCCUUGCUUUUGUGAUUUGCC